AUGCCAUCCGCACCACGAGGAUGCCAGGUCGUUGGAGAAUCAGGUCAAGGGCUCAUCGACAUUGUGUACGUCCAUGGCAUACGGGGCGACCCGCAAAAGACUUGGACAGCGCGAGGAGUGCCGCCUAAGCGCGCUUCGCGAUUCUCCUUGUUUCGCAAUCGCCAGGAGACCACAACCCCGGAAGCACAGAAUGAUGCGGCCGGCCGCGACGUAUUCUGGCCACGAGACCUCUUGCUCAAUCAGCUCAACAACGUCCGCGUCGUCACUUUCGGAUACGAUGCGGAUGUUUCAUCCUUUCUCAGUAAAACGUCUGAUAGAAGCAUCUUUUCCAUUGCUCAGGAUCUAGUCACCCGCUUGGAGAUGCUGCGAGAGUCGACGGACAAGGCGUUAAAAUUCUCCCAGGAUCAGCUUGACUUCCAAAACCACUUGUAUUCCAUCUUCAACUGCACCUACGGGGUCAUCUUUCUCGGAACGCCUCACCGCGGUAGCGAACUUGCGUCUGUUGGAAAGAUUGCAGCUCGGAUCGCUGGCUUGGGCCUCGCUGAAUCUGAUCACAAGCUCCUCACGGCCCUUGAGCUUGGCUCGACCGAACUUGAACGAAUCGCCGACUCAUUCAGUCGGAUGCUUCCCAAGCAAAGCAAGGGCAUGAAUGUGUAUUCGUUCUUCGAGGCAUUGCCCCUGACCGGAUUAAGCCUUGCUGGAAAGGUGGUAGAAGACUACUCGGCCAUCAUUGGCGACGCCUGCGAAGGCAAAGCAACCUUGCAAAGAGAUCACAUGGGGCUCAGCCGAUUCAGCUCCCUCGAUGAUCCCGACUACCAGCUCGUCUUUGGGGUGAUCCGGCGAUGGGUGCGCCAGGCGCUAGAGUGGGACAAGGCCGUCAAGGCAGAUGGCGGUAGACAUGCCGACGCAGUGCACAUGCAACACAAGAGUGUUGAGCAAACAAGAAGCGUGCCGCUGAACCGCGAUGCGCCCGAGCCGGUCACGCUGGCAUCAGGAACCGCACUGUCCAUGGAUCUUCCCGAGGCCUCGGCGAGGCAGUUUUGUGGGCGAUCUCAGGAGCUAGCUCAAAUUAGAGAGGCGUUCGAGAUUGAGAGAACGCACGGCAGACACCUGCGUAUCGUCUGCCUCUUUGGCCUAGGAGGCGUAGGGAAGACUCAGCUGGCCCUUCGGUACCUGCAAGAAAACCGCCGUUUAUACAAAGUGGUCUUCUGGAUCAACAGCAGCUCGGAGCGGCAGAUCCUCGACCGGUUCCGCCAGAUGGCGCAAUCCCUGAUCGACUGGACGGCGCAGCACCACGGGGCCGACGUCAACUUCCGGAGGAUCGCACUGGAUUUCGGUCUCAGCCAAGUCGUGUCGCCAACUACGGGCGAAAUUGCCCCCGCAAGCAAUGAAAAGAUAGUUGUAAACGCCGUGCACUCCUGGCUGGGUCGGGAGGGAAACAGUGGAUGGAUCAUGGUGUUCGACAACGCCGACGAUCUUGAUGGAGUGGACCUUUCAUCGUAUCUUCCCAACACCGCCGCAGGAGAUGUCUUGUUGACGUCUCGGCGGCCAGAGAUUGGCCAGAUGGGUCUCGGGAUUGAAGUCAAGUGCUUGGGGCCAAGUGAUGCCCGAGGGGCUUUGAUGAACUAUGCGCAGAUGGAUCUGGCCGAUGCAACUCUCCAUCCAGACUGUGACAAGCUCGUCGAAAUGCUGGGCCGAUUGCCAUUGGCUCUGGCUCAAGCUGGAUCCUACAUUGCAACAGCCAAGAUGAGCACCAAGGAUUACAUUGCCAGGUAUAGGUUGCAAAGAGAGUAUCUGUUACAGCAGAAGCCCCCAAUGGCCCUGUGGAAAUACGGAAAGACGGUCUUCACGACCUGGGAGAUGUCUUUUCAAGCCAUUUUACAGACGCAGCCGCUUGCAGCCAAGCUUUUACUUAUUUGCAGCUACCUGCAGCCGGACGACAUCUGGUUUGCCAUAUUCAGGCUUGGGCUCGACCCCACUGGAUCAAGAGCAGAUACCUGGAAGAGUCUCUGGACCGCGACCAACUCUCCGAGAGGUCGACUCCGAAACCUCCUGCUGACGGUUCGAGCCAAAUCCAAGGCAAAUGGGGAGACCUCCAAGUUUGAGACCAUCCCAUGGCUCAAGGCUUUGUGCGGAGAAAACGAGUUCGAGGCCGCAGUAACUAUACUAUUUAGUUACUCCAUCGUAUCGUUCAACGCUACACGCGACGGGAUGUCGAUGCAUACUUUGGUGCACGAGUGGUGUCGAUAUCGAGCCUCGGCCGACGAGACUGGUCUGCUAAGGGACUUUUUGCUCAUUGCAGGGAGGGUUUUUGACAAGACAUUGAACGAAUGGGUUAAUAUGGAAUGGGACACGACGGUGCGACUGACAAGACACGUGCCAAGCACGGUGGCGGCUGUCCGUCAACUUGGAAGCUUGACUGGGCGACCAAACCUCGCCACGAUCGACGUUUGCCAUGCUCUAGAGGCCAUCGGUGACGCUUCAGGCUUGGUCUUUACACAGUUUGUUCCCAGCGAAGACACGCUUUUCGUGUACAAGCAACUGUACGAUGCCUGCAAUUUGGCUUUGAAGCCAGGCCACCAGCUUUGCCUGGUAGCAAUGGGAAGCUACUCAUUAUGGCUGGAGAAGCUGGGCAGAUAUGACGAGGCGGUGCCGCUCGCAAAGGCGAGGCUGGAUCUUUACAUCAAGUCGCUGGGCUUGAAGCAUCCGGACACGUUGUCGGCCAUGAAUGACCUUGGGAAAUGCCUCAAGAUGAGCGGCGAUCAAUUCUCGGCGGAGCCAAUAUUGCGCAAGGCAGUCCUCUUGCGUGGCGACUCAUCCUCGGCCGCGGCUCCAAUGAUUAACCUCGCAAUGGUACUAGUCGACAAGGGUGAGUUUACAGAGGCCAAAGGCCUCCUCGAGGCAGCGCUCGGCAUGGUGAACAGCUCAGGCAACCUGGUCCUCCAGCUUGAGUGCACUGGCUGCCUAGCAUGGGUGGCCUCGGACAUGGGUGAGCAGCGUCUGGCUUUGAGUUAUUUAGAGCAUGCCGUCAGUCUUGCGGAACAACAAUUCGGUCCCGAUUCCCCCGCCGCACUCGAGUGGAGUGGUCAGCAAUAUUAUCACCUCGUCGACUCAGUCGCCUUGUCUUCUGCAGAGGACAUCCUGGCAGCCGAGCAAGGGAUCAAGGCCCUGAUCGAGCGACUAGGGACGACCGAGACUCGUUCUGUGAAUAAGGUCAAGAUGAUGCUUAGGCUUGGUGACUUGUACUACCGUACCGGCAGCUUCGACAAGGGCAUCGGCAUAGUGCGAGAGGCUCUCAACGAAGUGGAGGCGACGGAAAACGCUCAAUCGAUGGCGCAGAAAGAAGAUGCUCUCAUUUCUCUGGGUAGGAUUUACUGGGACUCUGGGCAUCUACGCGAGGCGGUCGCUUGCUACGACAGAUGCAUCGGCUUGGCGGCGUCGAGUAAGUCCGACAAUGCACAGCUCGCAGAACUCAACAAGGCAGUGGCGUUGCGCGACGCAGGCAACCUGACCGCAGCCGAGGAGUCCCUCAUGCGAUGCGCGAAGCCGGGGGAUCACUCAUCGUUGGAUAGGACCAACGUCGCCAGCUUGUACACAUUGCAAGGAAGAACAGCCGAAGCGAAGGAGGUGUACGAAACGACACUGGCCGCCAUGAAAAAUGCGCGAAUGGAAUCGCGCGCCGAGUAUCUGCUGACCCUACAUAGCCAAGCCAUGCUUUUUGAGAAGCUGGGGGAGGACGGCAAGGCUCUGGGUAACCUCUUGGUCGCCCUGGAGGGGAAGCAGGCGCUCCUGGGCAUGUGUAGUACAGCGACGAUGAAGACGGCAAUCGCGUUGCGAAGGUUGUUGGUGAAGGCCGGUCAACUCGACGAGGCAAGGGCCUUGACGGAAACAAUGUCUCCGUAUCAUGACUACGCCUGA